GCCUUGGCCUGGGCAUAUUACUAGGGUCGGAUGCCACGGGCUCUAUUUUGGUCAGACUAUUUUAAGUUUAAAAUUCAAACACGUGUAUCUCAUUGGUCAUAUCCUGAAGUCAAACAAAACAGAAAAAUGGCAGACAGCUAUAGGCCGAAGCCACAACUGUGAUGUAAAGUAAACUAUAGAUUUUUUAUUCGACACCAUGUGUCUCCAUGGUGGUGAUGGGGAAUUGCUGUAUGUCCACACCAUCAGUCAACACUGAACAAACGGAAUUUAAUGGAGAUCGGAUAAUGACCAUUGCAACCAGUGCAGGGAACAAUUUGGGACUUAAUAAAAAGGACACAAACAGGACUCAGUACUGCACAAGGGUGUCAUACCUUUACCACAAGGAAUCUGAUAAUGAAGGAUCGACACAGGGCACUCAAGGUCAGAAAGCAGAUGUGAAGGGCCAGGCAGCUGGAAAAGAUGCUUGUUCUCCUGGACCUGAGAGAAGCUCUGAGUCUUCCCACACUAUGCAAAAACGUGCUCAGAAGGAGGCCAAAUCUACUCAUAGUGACAGUCAUUCAUCCCAGCAGGAUCUGAUGAAGAUGCCGUCUGCUGAAGAUGAAAAGGGUGAUGUGGACCUGUACAGAGGAGAAGAAGAAAUUCAAAAAGAGCUGCAAGACAAGCAGCAGUCAAAGUCGGCGGCUGUUGGUGAGGCCCAGAGAAGCGUGUCAGCUGCCGAAGAUCUUCAGACCUACAGUGAGAGAGAAUGGAAAGGCAACACCACAAAAAGUCUGCUUAUUCGAAAGGGAUAUGAAGCAAUAGCCAGUGAGUUCAAUCUGCGCAGAGUAAGAGGUGAUAACUAUUGUGCAUUAAGGGCGACGCUCUUCCAGGUGCUCAGCCAGUCAAAACAGCUUCCUGCCUGGCUACAUGACUCUGACAUUAGCAAGUGGCCAAAAGAAAUUCAGUCUGAUCAGGAUUCCAUUAAGGAGUGGCAGUUUCCAUUUGAAACUAGCAAGAGCAAAGUGCAGCAUCUUGAACAAUGUCUGGAGCUACUGAAGAAAAGGUGGCAAGAGACUGUCCAGUGCAAAAGUCUUGAGGAGAGGGAGCAUAUGUGCCUGCAGGUGUUCAGAGGUCACGAUGAGGAGUAUGAGCUUCUGGAAGCACUGAAGUUCUUGAUGCUGAGGACUGCCAUUCAUUUGCACUCAGAUAUGGAGAAGGGCUCUGAUGUGCCAGAGUUCUGCUGGCUUCUCUUUGCUCGUGACUCAUCCAAAUGCCCUAAGACGUUUCUCACCAACCACCUCAGACAUGCAGGCUUCAGUGGUGGGCUGGAACAGGUGGAGAUGUGUCUCCUGGGUUAUUCCCUUCAGCAGACAAUGCGGGUUGUUCGGCUGUACAAGUGUGAUACUGAAGAGUUUAUUACAUACUACCCAAACGACCACAAGAAGGACUGGCCUCCUCUAUGCUUGCUUACAGAAGAUGACAGACACUACAAUGUACUCGUCCCCAAAAAGUCCUCGGGAUUUGAUGCAUAUGGUAGGCCAAAGUGGAAUCCACCUUCAGAUGGACAACCAAGCAUAACGACACGUCUUUAAAGAGUAAAUGGCAAUCACACACAAUCUACCGAACUCAGGAGUUACAAUCCAUCAUGUUUUCCACAUAGCUGUUCUUGAAUUGAUGUUUUGGGAUGUUUUAAUUCUUAUAAGUUUAAAGAUUUGCUUAUCCUUAUUCUGCUACCUAUGUAAUUUUAAAUAGAAGGAUAAAAUUGUAUGCAUUUCUAAAUAAAUUAUGUGCAAUAGUUUUAUGAGACACAGC